UCACCAAUCCAUGCGUUGUAUUGUUGUUGUCGGGAGUGGGGGAAGUUUCUGCUACCGUCAGUCUAGGGAUUGUUUAAUAACAAUGUCCGAAGUACUGAUGAAAGAAAUGGAGGAGGUAUCGCUUUGUCACAUAAAAACAGAAGAACACCCGGAAAAUGGUCGGAGUUUUCUUUUGGUUGACGAACAAGAAAAUCUGCAGGUCCAUGAUGAGGCUCAGUUCCUGGAGUGGCUGAGCUGCGGGGACAUGCAGGGCGUCAAGGUCCUCUCCAUCUUCGGCAACACGGGCGACGGCAAGUCCCACACCCUCAACCACAUCCUGUUUGGCGGGGAUACCGUGUUCUACACCUCCAAGUCCCCCAGCUCCUGCACGGUGGGCGUGUGGGCCGCCUUUGACCCCGGGCUGGGCCUGGUGGCUCUGGACACAGAGGGCCUGCUGGGGUCUGCGGCCAACCAGAACCAGCACAUGCGUCUGCUGCUGAAGGUGCUGGCCGUAUCGGACGUGGUGGUGUACCGCACGCGGGCUGAGAGGCUGCACAACGACAUGUUCCAGUUCCUAAGCAGUGCCUCAGGGGCCUACCUGAAGCACUUCACCCCCGAGCUGCGCGCCCUCUCCAGCCGCUGUGGCAUGGAUGUGCCCCUCUCCUCCCUGGGGCCGGCGAUCAUCGUGUUCCAGGAGACCACCCACACCCAGCUACUGGGCUAUGAGCGAACAGAUGUCCCUGGCUAUGCAGACACUCAGCUCCAGAGGCGCUUCCAUGACCUGGGCCUGGGUACAGAGGCCUUCAGCUCAGUGCAGUACGUGGGCACACAGACUAUCACUCCUCCGACCAACUACUCUCUGCUCCUGGAGGCUGUACGCCAGCAAGUCAGGAACACUGCCACACGAUCGCCCCGCCAACCGGCCAUCGUCUUCAGCGCUCUGCAGGCCCUGAGUGACAGGUUCUGUGGGGAGAUCUUAGACGACAAGAUCCCCCUCUACUCCUUUUUCCCUGACGAAUACUUCACCUGCUCUUCAGUCUGCCUCAGCUGCAAUAUCCGCUGUAAGAACGGGAUGAACCAUCUAAGAGACAGGGUCCCUCACCUGGCAGACGGACUGUGUCAGUACGCUCACCAGUACAACAACAAGGUUCUCAUCUGCAAGAGGUGCUAUGAGGGGGGCAGGGAGGUUAUUGUCAUUCCCAAAACCUCAGCCUCAUCAGACAACCCCUGGUUUGGGCUGGCGAAGUACGCCUGGUCUGGGUAUGUCCUGGAGUGUGGCAGCUGUGGCAUUAUCUACCGCAGCCGGCAGUACUGGCUGGGCAACCAGAACCCAGAGUGCGGCGUGGUGCGGCCCGAGGUCAAACACGUCUGGGAGGGGUCUGAGGCCUUCCUGACAGACCACCAGAAUGCGGCCCAGAGGGUGCUUGAUGGGAUGAACUUUGUGAUCCAGUCUGUGUCGGAGUACAGUACGGGCCCCACCAAGGCUGUCACCUCCUGGCUCACUGACCAGGUGGCCCCGCACUACUGGAGACCCAACACUGACAUCACCGCGUGUCACUGCUGUAAGAAGCCCUUUGAGGAGGCGGAGAGGAAGCACCACUGUCGUUCGUGUGGCGAGGGCUUCUGCCAGGCCUGCUCCACCCGCAGGAUGCCCGUGCCCGAGAGGGGCUGGGGCAGCACCCCCGUCCGGGUCUGUGACGCCUGCCACCGCCAGGGAGGGACCGACACCACCAACCAGGUGGCUGUGGUGGAGCCGCGGGGGCUGAUGGCCCGCAGGGUGACAGAGGUGGCCCAGUCUACUCUAGACAUGGUCACCACUGCAGUGGACUACCCUCUGUGCUUUGUGAAGGGAGUGGCCCGGCCUGACUACUGGAUCCCCGACCCCCAGAUCAUGCAGUGCCACCAGUGCAGCAAAGCCUUCACCCCCAGUAUGUCCAAGCACCACUGUCGGGCGUGUGGCCAGGGUGUCUGCAGCGGUUGCUCCUCCAAGAGCCGCCCCGUGCCCUCCCGUGGCUGGGACCACCCUGUCCGCGUCUGUGACAGCUGCGCCAGUCGCAAGGGCAGCCUGUGAGGCAAGGGCAGAGACCAGGGACACUGUGCUGCCAGGCAUCUGAAAUCUAGUCAGACGCCACGGCACACUACAUGUUGCUUCUCUUUGUCUCCCUGUGCACUAUGAGCCACUGACCUUCAAGAGAAAAAGACCCAAUCCAGGUGACCCCUGCCCUAUGGGGAAGGCACUCGAUGGAUGUCCUGAAGUAGCACUCUAAACAUGGAACUGCCUCAUCUGAUAUCGACUGCCUAAAAUCAGGAACAAGAACUGGACUAGUGGGACAAGAACUGGACUUCUGAAAACUGGAAAGUCGAGACAGUUGUAAAUGACUGAGUGUAGAAGAUACCUAAUCCUACCAGAAGAGAGAAAAAGACUGAGAAAGCCCCCAACCCAAACUACCCACUGUCUGCACUGAAAGACAUUAGCCCGACAACCUUUCUGUUUGCACACAGAACUCUCCUUUACUUGCGACCGGGAAUAAUCUUAAUAUCAUUCUUAUCGGUUGGGAAUGGCUGAACAUUGAGUUAGGCUAGAUUAGAUUUUAAUUCAGGUGUGGGCUGUAGUGGCCAGCCAAGCCUUUGCCUCAGACCACACCAAGGAGUAACAGCCCUGUAACCAUGGUAACCCGACAAGGAGGAGACACCGGAAGUGACAUCACAACAUGCUCUUCCUCCCUGAUGCGAUCUCAGGCAGUGUGCCAUGGUUUGAGUUGAUGCACAAGAUCGGAAAAUUAAUAAAGAUGUCACAUACAGACAUUCCAGUUUACAUUAGUACCCUUUUCACACUGUCGUGCCGACCCAAUCCAUACUGUGCUGGCUCAUGUAUUUUCCUUAAACAUUGUCCUUUCCAGCAUGGUUCUAGCAACUAGGGUGGAUUAUUAACCAGGUCAGUGCAGUACUGCUGGGCUCGGCUCACUAGUGUGAAAGGGGUAUAGUAAGUAUGUUAAUUUAGGCUCUGCUUAUCUUAACAGUUGGGCACUUUAUGGAUCCAUUGACGUUUGAAACAAGCACAUCAUUUUGAAUGAAUACUGAGGGUUUAGUUAGUGAUAAGGCACAAGAUACAGUGCUGUAUCACGAAUACAGUCACAGGUAAAUGGUGUUGUUUGCCCCUGCAUCGAAGACAACCCAUUUGCCUGUGACUGUAUUCAUGAUGCCGCACUGCCUUGCUUGCCGUAUUGCUUUUAUACAUCUGUUACCAACAUAUUAACAUAACAAUGAAUUACAUAUUUUCAUUAACUUUGUUUUGAUAAGUACAUUCGUAAAAUGUCAUUCUUCCACCAGAAGAUAUAGUGCGGACAAAAAUCUGGUUGUUAGUUAUUUUGGUCAUGUUGCUACAGAUGCGAACCAGUCGUUAAUGAUUUUUGCGUAGUUGCUAUGCAAAAGGAUGGUCGUCCGUUCUACUGAAUGAAAUGGUUGUUAUGCAGGCUGGAUAACGUUUGUGUCACUAGCUAGCCAACUUCAGCUCAGUCACGUCAAACAUUGAACCUGGAAUGACCGUACACUAGCUGCAUUUUCGUUUGAGCUGUUUUCUAUUGGCAUUUACUUGGAUUUGUCCAUGAUAAUGUCGUUGAUGCGUGAUUUCGCAUUGCUCAGAAAAAGUUGUCUUGUCUGGGCACCGUACACUCUAUAUAUGGUACUACAGAGAUCGAAAUUCAAGAGUUAAACAUUGUUUCUGAGGUUGGACAGGCAGACAGCAAGGUUUAUAUUAACCCCCGCUCUACCAAAAUAAAUGUUAGUCUGGAAGCAAUGGGAAAUAAUGUGCGAGUUGAGAUAAAGACAAGGGAUGAUUCGGACAGUAACAUGAACAUGUCAUGAUGGAACUGUUAGCAGGCAUCCAGGAUCCAAAUAACCAGUUUUAUAAUUAGAAUUAUUAGCUAGUGUUAUUUUUGGAAGAAAUCUCAAAUUGAAUCACUUGCUUAUGUAAAGCACAUAUUAUUUGUAAUAUCAUCUAUCCAGUAUCCAUUGAUGUGGGAUUUUCAUUUCUCCAUCAGAUAUUAUUCUCUUUACAAUGUACUGGAUCCUAUAAUACUGGCCUUCUGUAUAGUCAAUGUGUAUAUACUAUGAGAUUCUGGGUAUAUGACAGUCUUGAUUUUUUUUUUAAUCAGGCUUGUCUGAAUUUUUUAUAACUGAAGCUAUCGCACUGGGCACACAAUGGUUGAAUCAACGUUGUUUCAACUUCGUUUGUCAACCUAUUUUGACGUGGAAUCUAUGUGGAAAACACAUUUGGAUUUGCAAAAAGUCAUCAACCAGUACUGUUUUCAUCUAAUUUCAAACAGUGUUGUAAACAUUGAAACUAGGGUAAAACCUCAACUUAAAUACAAUGACAACCUGACUAACAGGUUGUUACAUCAAUCUAAUUUCAACAUAAUCAUCAAGAACUAUGUAUAUGUUGAAAUUGCAUUGAAAAUUCCACAUCCUAUAUUCAAUAUACAGUAUAUUGGGGGUGGUUGAAAUUAUGUUGAAUUUCAUAUUUGAUUAGACAUUUUAUUUGACCUUGUUUCAAUGUUGAUACUAAAAUGGUAUGUUUGAAUCAACGUCAUUGUGUCAACGUCAUGCCAACAACCUAAAUAAAGAGGUAUAUUAAAAUACAAUUCAGCCAGUGUGUGACCAGUGGGAUGUAUUUUUUUCUCCCAGUGAGGUAAAUGUAAUCUCAUACUGAAUAUGUGAAUAAUACAUAUAGCUACAUCA